AUGCGGGGAAACUCACGUUCAAUAGAUGCGAGACGGCAUGAAGAAACCCCUCACCAUCCCCCUUCUCAACACUCUCAAGGUCGGGGACACCAAACUGAAGAGCGACUGUCGCGAAGCGCCCAAGAAUCUAGACAGAGAAAAAUGCAGCAGAGAGAGGAAGCUAGGAAAGCCGGAUAUACCCAAUAUCCUCAGCCCUGGCCCCCAAAAACAGUAUCUGAAUGGAACGAAUACCACCGCCUGCAGAGCAUUCACGAAGCCGAAAGAGACGCAUAUUAUAAAGCGUUUCACGAUCAGGUUGCAGCUUGCGCAUUGGAAAAAAACAGCAAACAUCCAUAUAGUCAGUGGCCUAUUGCCUUAGCUGGACAUGCUGCACUCGAACAGCCUGCUCUUAACUGGAAGGAAGGGGCGCAAAAUCAUGGAAAUGCUCGACAGGCAUUUGUGGAUAGAUACCCACACAGUUAUCCAAGCCCCCAGGAUAAUGAAAACCAUCGAAAAAUUGCUCAAAAUCAAUUUUUGGAUGCUGAACAUGCCCAGCAGAGAUUGAACAUUCACAGGCAAUAUGGAUCUGCAAAUACACCACCCGUCUUUAAUCAAGACGAAUUCCCUCCUCUGCACUGA